AUGGAUUUCCAGUUAAAGCUUAAGCUAUCGGGAACAGCCCGUAUGGGAUGGUGUGAACGUGUGGCAAGCUUAAUCAAUAAAUUCCAGAUGAUAUUUAUAAAGAAUAUGUGGAUGCGGGAUGUCUUGAUAAUGUCUUUGAUGAUUUUUUUAGGUUAUUAUGAUGGUGGUGAUGAGGAUUUAUCAGAGGAGGAACUUAAUGAAGAUGAAAUGGAAGAAGUUGAUGACAGACAUGAGGAAGCAGAAUGAGAAAUGGAGGAAAAACUGUUGGAAUGAGCGGCAAAGCUUGAAGGUGAGGUUUUGGAUGAUGGAGAGUUGAUCCUGACCACAGGCUCUUUGUAUCUCUCAAUGUCAGAGAUUUGCACAAAAACAACUAGCGAAAGACAAGAUGAGGGUGAAGAAAUGUGGAGUGAUGUUGAAUCUCGGGGACAAGAUAUAGCAAAAUCGAAGGUAAAAUGCAAAAAAAAGAAAUAA